GUGUAUGCAUUUUUUUUCCCUCCUCCUUUUCCUCUCCACCGCCGAGCUUGAAGCCAGCGUGAAGGAUAAAUAAUAAAAAAAAAAAAAAAAAAAAAAAAAAAAAAAAAAAAAAAAAGCGAAGAGGAGGAAGAGGCUGCGGGGAGGAGGAGGGGGGGAAGGAAAGAAGAAGAAGAAAGCGAGCAAGAAAAGAAAGCGCGGAGCCAGGCGGGGAGCCCAGCCGCCGCGGCCGGCAGCCAGCAGGGAGGCGGCGGAGCGGGAGCCGGCGGCCGGAGAUGGACGAGCAGCCGCGGCUGAUGCACACGCACAGCGGGGUGGGGAUGCCGGGCCACCCGGGCCUGUCCCAGCACAUGCAGGAUGGACCAGGCGGGGCGGAGGGGGAGGCAGGCAGGAAGCAAGACAUCGGAGACAUCUUACAGCAGAUCAUGACCAUCACGGACCAGAGUUUGGACGAGGCGCAGGCCAGGAAACACGCUUUAAACUGCCACAGGAUGAAGCCGGCUCUUUUUAAUGUCUUGUGUGAAAUCAAAGAAAAAACAGUUCUGAGCAUCCGGGGAGCACAGGAAGAGGAGCCCACAGACCCGCAGCUGAUGCGGUUAGACAACAUGCUGCUGGCCGAGGGCGUCGCGGGCCCCGAGAAAGGAGGGGGUUCUGCUGCUGCCGCCGCCGCUGCUGCCGCAUCGGGAGGAGCUGGAUCCGACAACUCGGUGGAGCACUCUGAUUACAGAGCCAAGCUGUCCCAGAUCCGGCAGAUCUACCACACGGAGCUGGAGAAGUACGAGCAGGCAUGCAACGAAUUCACCACCCACGUGAUGAACCUGCUGCGUGAGCAGAGCCGGACCCGGCCCAUCUCACCAAAGGAGAUAGAGCGGAUGGUGAGCAUCAUCCACCGCAAAUUCAGCUCCAUCCAGAUGCAGUUGAAGCAAAGCACGUGUGAAGCCGUCAUGAUCUUGCGCUCCCGAUUUCUGGAUGCACGGCGGAAGAGAAGAAACUUCAACAAGCAGGCUACGGAAAUCCUGAAUGAGUAUUUCUAUUCCCAUCUCAGCAACCCUUACCCCAGUGAGGAAGCCAAAGAAGAGCUAGCCAAGAAAUGCGGCAUCACAGUCUCACAGGUAUCAAACUGGUUUGGAAAUAAGAGAAUCCGGUACAAGAAGAACAUAGGUAAAUUUCAAGAGGAAGCCAAUAUUUAUGCUGCCAAAACGGCUGUCACGGCUACCAAUGUGUCAGCCCAUGGAAGCCAGGCUAACUCACCCUCAACUCCCAAUUCAGCUGGUUCUUCCAGUUCUUUUAACAUGUCAAACUCUGGAGAUUUGUUCAUGAGCGUGCAGUCUCUCAAUGGGGAUUCUUACCAAGGGGCCCAGGUUGGAGCCAACGUGCAGUCACAGGUGGAUACCCUUCGCCAUGUUAUCAGCCAGACAGGAGGAUACAGUGACGGACUCGCAGCAAGUCAGAUGUAUAGUCCGCAGGGCAUCAGUGCUAAUGGAGGUUGGCAAGACGCUACUACCCCAUCGUCGGUGACCUCCCCCACAGAAGGCCCUGGCAGCGUUCACUCUGAUACCUCCAACUGAUCUCCCAGCAAAUUGCAUCCCUGGCUGAUCCGGCCCCGGCGGGGCGGGAGGGGAGGGGGCCUCUCCUAACACCGCAGCAGUCAGACUGGAGGUGAAACCAAUCAGCACACACAAGAAGACUCCUUCUCUUCUCUUCUCUUCGUCGGGAUGCUUUUUUCAGCCAAUCUGGACACUUCUUUAUACUCUCUUCCCUUUCUUUUCUGGGUAGAAGCCGCUCUCCCCCCCCUUGCCGCCGCCACAACACCUCCCUUCCCCUACCUCCCCACCGAAGGGUAUUUUGACAGCUAGAAGGAUUUUAAGGAGGAAAAGCAAAAAACAACCACCGCCACACCAACCGAACCAAAAGCAGUGCAUGGCCUCGCACUGAGCCAAAACCAUACCUCGGUCGGGUCUCGCUCCUUCUCCACCAAGCAGCCCCGCUCACCCUGUUCCUCUCUCGCUACCUCUCCGUAGGAAAUGGUCUCGGCAGCCCUCUGCCCUGCUGCACCCUCACCUCGGCUGCUCUGGACACUGAGUGCACCCAUGCUGUGCCCCAGGAGCCAUCCCCGUGCACUGUGGGCUGGAGGGCAGGUGGUGCAACCCUGCUGUAUGUAUGUAGGAGCUGGAGCCGGGGGCUCCCCACUGCUUAAAUGGAGGUACCAACCAACCCACUGCCAGCCCCCAGUCAGCACUGCUUGUUCUUCUCCCAGCCCUGCUCUGCCGCAGCUCCCAAAUGCGUUGGUGCUGAGAGGUGGAACCCUGCCACAGGUCCCUCGUGGCCACCAUUCUGCAAUGCUGGUGGGGAGGGCAAGAAGCAGAGGCAGGUGGGUCACUGCUGGUAACCAAAGUGCUUUAUGUGAUCAAGUAAUGAUGGAUGGAACGCGAGCAGUUUUCUCACUUAGGGAGGCCAGCAGCAGAUAGUUCUGCAGAGAGCAUUGCACGGUGUUAGCUCGUGCUUCCCCCUGCAGGUCCACCAGCUGCAGAGGGAAAGGAGAAUGUGGGUUUCUUGGUGAAAGGGUUGGUGGCCCCCUCUGCAUCCCCAAACUGUUGCCUGGUGCAUGGGACCCCACAGGCUAGAUGCACUCUGGGUGCCUUUGGAAGUCGGUCAUACAGUGGCUUUGCUUGAGGGUGAAGCUCUGCAAGGUGAGUGGACGUCCCUUUGGGGUUUGUCCUUCUGCCGUGGCUUGGAGUUACUCUGAGAAGUGGCAUCUAAAGCCUUGGGAGAUAUUGUGGGGUCUUCUGCCCAGCAUUUCCCAUCUGCUUUAGGAACAGCUGGUGAUGGGUGGAAACAGAACUUCAUCCUGCUGCAACGGGAUUCUGGGCAGCAGGAGGGAAUUGCAGUGACACCCACUGCCUCUUGUCAUGGGUGAUGGGCAGCAAUUUGUUCGGUCGGCAGCGUGGGGCACCUGGCAACAAACCUUAAGGCCUCCCAACCUCAGCUCACCGUCCACGGCUCGCACUCUGUCCACACCAGCAUUGGCUCCUUUAAGCUGAAAAUCUGGCUGAUGCAGAGCAAACAUUUCACGUUAAAGCUCUGCCAGAAACAUUUCCACCCCUCUGCUGGGUGGCCCACAGCCUGGUGCCAGCAGCUCGCGGUGCCUCGGGGGUGGCCGUGGGGACGUGGCUUUCCAUAGGGGCUCCCGAGUGUGCAGUCGGUGACCGCCAGAUCAACGAAACGUCCAUUCCCUGGUCGCUUCUGAUGGGUGACGGGAUGAGCGCGCCUCCCACUGCUAACAAAAGGGAGCGAAUGCCCCGAAUCCUGAAAGGUUCAGCCCAAAGGAGAGACUCCGCGCCGCCUCAGUCGGAGAGGGCCGGGCUGCAGGCAGCACAUACAGCACCCGAGGCGAAGGCCUGCCUCUGCCACGCUUCGCUUCAGGGCACGAAAUGCAGAGGGCCAGGAGCGAGUUGGUCCCACGCAAGGACAGCCCCGAGGACGGCACCGCGCUCACUCCUCCACGGUACUUUGCACCCUCAGGUUCGUCCCUCUGGGUCGCGUUGUCGGUCGCACUCCUUAUGUCUGUGCUUUUUUUAAACUGGUUUUAUCCCCUCUCCGCCCAUCCCUCUACCCAAAAAAAGUGUUGUGGUUGUUUUCUUUUAAUUAUUUUUAAUUUUUUUUUUUUCUUUUCUCUGCCCAGAAAAAAAAAAAAAACAAAAAAAAAAAAACAAAAAACCUGACUUCGAUACCAAAAAAGAAAAACCCCCACAAAAAACAAAAAACAAAAAACGAAACAAACAAACAAAAACCACACACACACAAAAACCCAACAAACAAAACACUGCAGAAACCCGGAAAAAAAAUAAUAAAAAUGAAAAAAAAAAACAGAAAACCCACGGGAAAAAAAAUAAACAACAAAACUCGACGAUUCUUUCAGCUUUAUUAACAUUUUCCAUUGUUUCUUGCGAUUUGUGUCUCGUUCUUUGUAGUAUUGAUGAUAACGAACAUUUGAUAAUGAAUGUUCUUGUAUAUUCAGAUAAAGGAAAAAAAAAAAAAAAGAAAAAAAAAACAAAAAAAAAAAAACCAGAACCAAAAACGCAGUCUGAAUUUAAUAGUGUUUAUAAUAAAAGAAUAAAAAAUGGCCCUUUUAGCACGCAAAGUGGAGCAGGGGAAGGUCCAUCCCUGCUCUUCCUGUGGCAACAAGCGCUUCAUUCCUGUAUAGUUUAUAACAUCAGACUACCUACAUUCAUCUUCUUUUGUUUUGUUUUGUUUUGUUUGUUUUUCCCUUUUUUUUUCUUUUUUUUCUCUUUUUUUUUUUCUUUUUUUAGUUUUCUCGCAUUUGUGAAUUAGUUCCAGAAUGCUAGAAAAGUGUAGAGUUGUGCACACUCAUUUCUUAUUACACAAUGUUUAAAAAAAGUGACGGUAAUUCAUUUUGUAAAACUUUAAAGGAAAAAAAAAAAGAUGGUUGGAAUAGUGAGCAUUAAUAGGUACAUUCUAAUACUUUAUGUUUCUUAACGUUGAGACCCAGAAAUUCCUUUU